GCCCGGCCCCGCCACCCCGCACAGGAGCCGUCGCGCAGUCCCGACGCCGUGCCCGCUCCCCGCCGCCCGCCGGCAGCCAUGAGGCCGCGGGGCGGGCGGUGCGUGCCGCUGCUCGCCGGCCUGGCGGUGGUCGUCGCCCUGGCGGAGGCCGCGACCUUUUUAUCCCACCAGUAUGCCUCUGAGUUCCUGGCGAGGAAACGUCGAGCAAAUUCUUUUAUGGAAGAAAGUAAAAAGGGAAAUUUAGAAAGAGAGUGUGUUGAAGAAUUAUGCAACAAGGAAGAAGCCAGAGAAAUCUUUGAAAACAAUCCUGAAACUGAGUAUUUUUAUCCCAAGUAUUUAAGCUGCCUUGCCUCCUAUAGAGCAGGAGUUUUCAGGGUUUCUGCAGUUACUCCAGAUUCUCCCGCUGACCUGAGGGCAUGUGUCAAUGAAAUUUCAAACCAGUGUAGCCCUCUGCCAUGCCAUAAAGAUGGAUAUAAGGAUUGCAUAGAUGGACAAGCCAGAUAUACAUGCAUCUGUAAACCAGGAUGGCAAGGAGAGAAUUGUGAAGAAGAUAUAAAUGAAUGUGAAGAUUUCAAUGGAGGUUGUAGUCAACGCUGUUCUAAUUUGCCUGGAAGCUACCGUUGUUUGUGUGAGGAUGGCUACUUCAUGCACUCAAAUAAACGAGAUUGCAGAGAUAUAAACGAAUGUGCAUUACAUCCAAACAUCUGUGGGACAGCAGUCUGUAAGAAUACCCUGGGAAAAUAUGAAUGUGAAUGUGCAGAAGGCUACGUGUACAAUUCAACUUCCAAGAACUGUGAAGAUAUUGAUGAAUGUGCUGAAAAUACUUGUGCUCAACUUUGUGUAAACUCUCCAGGAAGUUAUAGCUGCUACUGUGAUGGCAAGAAAGGGUUCAAGCUCUCCAAGGACAUGAAGAGCUGUGAGUCUGUUCCUGUGUGUAUCCCACUGAACCUAGAAAGGAAUUAUGAGCUGCUCUACCUGGCGGAGCAGUUUACAGGGACUCCUGUUCUGUAUUUAAAGUUUAAAUUGCCAAAUGUCACCAGAUUUUCAGCAGAAUUUGAUUUCCGGACAUACGAUACAGAGGGAGUUAUACUAUACGCAGAAUCCCUUGACAAUACAGCAUGGAUCUUGCUUGCUCUUCGCGAUGGAAAGAUUGAAAUUCAGUUCAAGAAUGAAUUUGGAACAAAAGUUACCAGUGGAGGAAAAGCCAUUAAUGAUGGCCUGUGGCAUAUUAUAUCAGUUGAAGAACUAGAAAACAGCAUCAGUGUAAAAAUAGCUAAAGAAGCAGUGAUGAACAUUAACAGCCCAGGAACUCUCUUCAAGCAAUCACACGGUUUCUUGGAAACUAAGGUGUACAUUGCAGGGUUACCUCGCAAAGUUGGUGACACUCUCAUUAAACAGAUUAACCCUCGGCUGGAUGGGUGCAUUCGUGCCUGGAACCUGAUGAAUCAAGGACAUUCAGGUGUAAAAGAAGUUAUUCAAGAAAAGCAGAGUAAACACUGCUUAGUAACAGUUGAGAGAGGAUCAUUCUACCCUGGAAAUGGCAUGGCAAAGUUUAAUAUAAACUACAACAAUCUUGACAAUGCUGAAGACUGGCUAAUAAAUGUGACCAUGACUAUUCGCCCAUCCGCAGACACUGGUGUUAUGUUUGCCCUGGUUUCUAAUGAAACAGUGCCUCUUGCUUUGUCCAUAGUGGACUCUAACUCUUCUGACUCACAGGAAAUCAUUGUGACUAUUGGAAACAUCACUGUGGCACGUCUAGAAUCAAAGAAGCUAUGUACACCCAGGAAAGUGCAAGUUGGACUUCUGGUAACCAAACAGCAGCUACAACUGUCUGUUGAUUCACGCACAGACCAAAGCAACGCAGAGCUACUGUCUGUCCUGCAUCAAGCAAUGAUAACAGAUGUUGUCACCUACUUGGGUGGCCUGCCAGAUGUUCCUGUGGGUGCUACGUUAGUAACUGCUUUCUACAACGGCUGCAUGGAGGUGAAGGUCAACAGCAGACAGCUGGAUCUGGAUGAAGCCAUUUUGAAACACAAUUCCAUCAGAUCUCACUCAUGCCCACUGAUUAUGGAGUAACCAUUCAAUUCUUAAUUUAACUUUUUCCCUUUCAGAUAUAAUUUGCAUAAUUAGUCUCAUGUCAUAAUGAAGCCAGUACUAUUUUAUUCAAGAUGUGCCAGGAAAACAAUCAACAACAUGGUUUUCCUCUUUUUUAUAUAGAAUGGGGGUAAAAAAAAUCCCUUUUUCAGCUCUGUAGAGACAAUCAAGAUCAAAAUUCUGCACUACUUUUUUUUUAUUUGUAUCAGUGAAAAACUUAAAGCUAGAUUUAUCUUCCAUGCUCAGACUAUGCCCUUCAUAUAAGUAGUUUGGAAAGAGAUAUUCUACACCUCAUUUUUCAUAUAUCAGCACGAAGUUACAAGUUGCAAAUGUAAGCAGUGUAUUUGAACAUAGACAAAACCAUUCUCAUUAAGCUUUUCCAAAUAUAACAUACAAAGAGAAAUCUCUACAGGUUUUGUAGUACAUGACUUCAGUAAAAGAGACAACACCCUGGAAUCCAGAGCCCAAGCUAUCUAUGGGUAUGUUUACAUAUUUGUACCAAUGUUGGUAAAGCAACUUCCAAACUAUUUUUUUUUUCUAAACAUAGUUCAUCUUUGCAGAGUAGCUCAUUAUAUUGUACCAACUUCAAUUCUUCUAUUUUAGGAACCCAGCCUUAAACUGUUCUGGAUUAGAUCAAGUAAUUUACUUCUAAAGUGGAGUGAAAUACAGGCAAGGCAAUUUUAGAAAACAGAAAACUGCAUGAAGGAAGGAGCUCUGGUCUUCAUCAUGGGGGAGCAGACUGGAAUUUCCUAAGUAACACUGAGAACUUGCAGCAAACUGUUAUUCAAUUUAUGACAAAUUUGGCACUCUUCAACAUGAGCUCCCUCUAUGGUCCACCAUAAAUUCCCUUCACUUUUGUCAGCUUUGCAUUCACAGAGCCCCCAGAAGAGAUUUAUUUGCAAGCCCUAAUACAGUUGUUUCUGACCUACUUGAAGGUCUACCUUAUACUAGUAAUACCAAAAUGUAAAACUGUUUUCUGCUCAGCCAAGUUAACCAGAACAGGUGAUUAGAAGAGUACUGUUUUCCUCAUGUUUUAAUUUCAGUUGUUUCUAGUAUUUCACAUUCUUAGUGUUCUUUCUGCUUCCAACACCCCAAAACAAGUAAAUUGUAAGAGAAUUGCUGUAAGCAAUGAAUAUGUACUCCCAUCCAUCAUCAGGAAAAACAUCUGUCAGAUUUUUAGAUCCAGGGUUUGCUUUCUUUGCUUGAGACAAUGAAGUGGAAACGUAUGUACAGAAGGAUGGAUUGUGACAAUGUUCAUUUUGAGGAUUGUCUAUCUCCAGUGGCAUUAGUGAGGUUUCUUUCACAGCUGAGUACAAACAUCAGUGCAUCAUACCACAGAAUCUGAGCCCAUCCUUCAACGUUAUUCCUUUGUCUGAGGUUAUUGUUAACAUGGCUUCCUACUUGUGCCCUCGCAUAUAACACAGUAUUUGCUCUGACUUUUACACCAGCCAGCCUCAGAAUGGUCUCCAAGUCUGUCCAGCACUGAUUUGUAUGCAGCUGCUUAUCAGCAGGAAUUCUAUACAUCUGAUACACAGGGGCUAAAUGCCAGUGAACUACAGGUUCAGUUUGCUAGGAACAUAUGCAAAAAAGCUCUUCAUUUUUCUGGAUUUCAUUAGAGGGAAAUGACCGCAGGAAAACAUUCCCCCUUCCUUGCUCUCUUCCCAUCCCAAAAAACAUGUGCUUCAUUUGGGCCUAGUAACUACUGAAAUAAGCAUUGAAGUAACCCUUGCAAGUAAGCAUCAAAGUAAGCACUGAAGUAACCAUUGCACAAGCGAGCAGAGAAAUACAGGGGAAACACAGUCAAGUGUCAGAAGUACUAUGAACUCUUAGCCUGUGUGAACAGCAGGAGGAAGGGCUGGUGCUUUUUUUCUUCUUAAGUGUAAAAAUUGGUAUAGAAUUGAAAUUAAAGAAAAUCAUGUUUUCCACACAGACUUCUUUUUGUUGUCAUGCAAGAAUAUUUUAGGAUACUGUAGUUGCAAUGAAAUAUCUACAAUUUUUAAAUGUAAAAGUGCCUCCCUAUUGUAAAAAUUAAAUGAAGCAGCAUUUGCAAGUUUUUUUUUGCCUUUUAA